AUGUUUCGCCGGGUGGGCCCUGCUGCCGUACGUCUGUUGCUGCUGCCCGGGCUAGUGGAAGCCUUCACCACUGCUGGUGUGGCCGUCGGACUCAUGAACAUGCCAGUGUUCUGGGCACUGACGCAGGGCUUCAUCCUGAAGGCAGUAGGCCCUGCGGUGGUCAUCCAAACCAUGUUUGACCUGCAAAAGCGCGGGCUGGGAGUCAACAAAGGCAUCCCCGCCAUCGUGGUCGGUGCCGCGUCGUUCGACGACAUGGUUGCCAUAUCAGGCUACUCUCUCUUUUCCUCCUUCGCCAUGUCCUCCUUGAUUAGCGCAUCCGGGGGUGCCGGCGGUGGUGGGGGAGAGGGAAGUGGUGGGGGGGGUGGGGGGGGUGGAGGAAGCCAUGGCGGCCAAAAGCACGGCCUCGUCUGGACGAUAUUGCACGGCCCCCUGGACAUCACCCUGGGUGCCCUGGCGGGCCUUAUGGGCGCCGCCCUUUGCGCGGCCACCAGGCUCUGGGACAGCAGCCUCAAACGUACGGCAGUCGUAUUCGCCGUCGCUAUGGCUCUCUUGUUCGCGCUGUAUCGGUACGACUUCCGCGGCGGCGGCGCGCUGGCGGCGCUGGUGCUGGGGCUGGCGGUCAACGUGUUCUGGGAGCGCGGCUCCCUUUUUUUCUGGGGCGUUGGCCGACGCAGUGGACUCACUCGCGGCCCGCAACCUCGGUAUGUGCCCUCUGUGGGCGCCUAUGCGGCAGAGGUGGAGGCUCGUGUGGGCUUGUUCUGGAGGGUGGUUGCGCAGCCGAUGCUUUUCGGUAUAAUUGGUUCGUUGGUCAACCUCCGUACGGUUAGCGGUCAGAUCAUUCCUCGCUCAUUGGCGCUGGUAGCUAUAGUUGUUUUCAAAAUUGCGGUGCGCAUGUAUGUAGGUAUGGCCGUACGGAUUCCCACCACCUACUUUGCUAUGACCGGAGCCGGGCUGACUGUACGGGAGCGAAUGUUUGUCGCCAUCGCAUGGACGCCGAAAGCCACCGUACAGGCGGCUCUGGGCGCGCAGCCCCUGGACAUGAUCCGCGCGGUUGCGGGACCCCAGAGUCCUUUCAUUGAUGUUGGCCACGAAAUCCUAACCACUUCCGUUUUCGCAAUUCUGAUCUGCGCCAAUGUCGGCGUAUCUCUCAUUCACUAUUUGGCGCCAAAAUGGCUUCACCGCACCGUCCCUUCGGCCAUCGUGGUGGCGGCGGCGGCGGCGCCGCCGCCGCCGCAAACGCCGCCGCCAGGGCCGUACGACACGCUGGAAGGUUGCGGCGCGGAAGCUGGCGAGCCCAGCGGCCCGGAGGCCGCGGCGGCCGAGCGGCAUGACGCCGCCGCUGCUGCUGCUGCUGGAACGUACGGCAGUGGUUGCAGCGAGGGUGAUGGCGGCGCCGUCGCCGCCGCUGGCGGUCAUAGUGUACGGCCUUUGCGAGUUGGUCCCGUCGGCUACAAUUGGGCUGAAGAAAGCUUUAGUCCGACGCCGCGAAGUAUCCGUAGGAGCUUGCACGGCGGCGGACUUCUGGCUGCGGCGUUGGAUGUAGCCGCCGCCGACGGCGGCAGCGGCGGCCUGUGGUGCCGCUGCGGCGGAGCAGGUCGCGGCGGCGACGGGAGAUGGUUCCACGAGGAGGGUUAUGCCACUGACAGCGCGGCGGCGCCGUUGACGGCGCGAGCUGAACUGCCUCGAGGCGGCAAGCCACCGCUGCCGCCAGCGGCGGCUACACCACCACCGACGUGUCGAACGGGAAACGCCGCUGUCGCAGGCGUCGGCAGUGCCGAGGGUAGCGGCGGUGGCAGCAGUAGUGAAAGUGAUCGUGGCGGCGGCACCGGGACCUUCAGCAUGUCAGCGACAGAGUGCACCAGCCCGGAAAAUGAUACAGCUGUACGACAGAUGUCGUACAAGGCGUACUACGAAGGCCCGCAACUGAAGUGGCCGGGGGGCGUCGCAGGCUGGCGGCGCUGUCGCCGGUGCAGAGGCAUCCUACCGCCGACGCCGUCCGUGCCGAGGGGUAACAUUCGCAUGCCGUCGCCUCGCACCGAAAAGCGCCCACAGCAUCGUCUACAGCGUCGUACAUCCAUGCGAAUGAGGUACGGCAGCGCGGAUAGCACUGGCGGUGCUGUCAGCGGCAGUGACGUCGAGGCUGGCGACGCCGCGGCUCCGCCGACGGCGUUUCGUCGUCACAGCGCGCCGUUGUUGACUGACGUACAGGUAGCGGCUCAGCUCUGGAAGGAAGCGGCCGCCGUGGCAGCGGCGCUGUCCCCUGAGCUGCCUGGCGGCGGCGCCGCCACUGCGCCGCCACCGGCCGCCGCAUCCGCAUCACUACAGCGCCAGCUCGCCGUCCUGGAACGCACCGCGGAGGCAGUCGCGGCGUUGGCGGCCAGGCUGGCAGCGGCGACGUCGCCGUCGCCUGACGGCGACAGUGUGGCGACGGCGCCUAGCUUCGCGACGGACGCGCGGGAGUUGGCAGACCACGCGUCCAUGCUGAGCCGCGCUGCCGGUGCCGUACGGAUCCACUUGUCAUCUAUCCUGUCGGCGGCGGCAGCGUCGCACAACGCACGGGACGAAUGGCAAUCGGGGGAGGAAGCUGAUGAUGAGGGUGCCAUCGGCCGUCGUGUUGGCGGCGACGGCGACGGCGACGGCGGUGGCGAAAUGGAAGAAGGGCUCGGGGACGAGCCGCCGCCGCCUGAGACCGCACGGGACUUUUUCAGGCGUAUCGAAAGUGCUGCCGCCGCCACUGCCGCCGCUGUCGGCAUGCCCGAUCCGACCGUCAACCCAGCGUCAGCGUCAACAUCAGCGUCGGCGUCAGCGCCGCCGCCGCCGCUGCCUGCCUCUUCGUCGGUAGUUAUCCCCGUCGGCGCCGUCAUUCCCCUGGAUAGCGUCGCUGGCGGCAACCUGGACGGCGGCAGCCCCGUGGAGCUUCCUUCAGUACGGAGCUUACGUGGCGGUACGACGUAA